UCAGAUUUUAGUCCAAAAAGAUAAGGAAUGAACCUAAUAUUGAACUGCGUUGAUUUUACCCUUUCUAAUUACCAACAGCAUGUACUGUUUGCUUAUCUUUUUUGAAGUUUAUUUUGGACUAGCGUUUUGCACUUGCACAUGGAAAUUGUAUAUAAGGGUGAAAUUUGGAAAUAAUAAAUCAGACUAUUGUUGACCACCAACCUACUGGCUUCCAACUUACCCAGCCAAUUUAUUUUGCUCCAUUUGGAUUUAGCUGUUUUCACUUGGCUAGUUUGCACGAUCGCAGAAAACGCUCUGCGACCCAACAUUUUGGCGCCCAACGUGGGGCUCGAGUAAGUAUUCGCAUCUGGUAUUUCGUGGACACUUGGUCAUCAGCACGGAACUCCACCAUUGGACUACACCGCUGGACUUUAUCAUCCUCGUUGAAUAUUGGAACCUAAUUGCCAUAACCAUUGCCCAGCAGCACUAGUUUUGUGGUCUCUACUGGUCUCUUCUGGACUCCUGUUUCACCACCAUUACGCCGCCGCUACUGGUUUGCCUUCCGUCGUCCACCCAAACGUAAGUAACCACUAUACUUGCAAAUUGAUACAGAAUGUCAUUGGAUUUGCUAAAGCAACAACGUGCAAAUGUCAAGAAAAACAUCACUCGAAUCAAAAAUAUCAUCGACGGUAGUUUGCGAUCAGGUGGAAAAGCACUUUCACCUGCUGAAUGCAAGUGCCGCCUCGGUAUCCUGGAAUCUUAUUUCAAGCAAAUCCUGACGACUCAGACAGACAUCGAAAGGUUGGAUGCCGAGGAUAGCAGAUAAUUGAUCGUGAGUAUAGCUUGUCCAACAAUGAAAAAUUCAAUCACCUGCGGAAUUGCCUACAAGGUCAAGCGUUGGAAACAGUGGACGCAUUUCAGGUAACAAAUGAGAAUUAUCCAAAGGCAUUGGAUAGGCUAAAGGCUCGCUAUGAUAAUAAUUUUUUUGGAAAAUAUUUCAUCAUUGUUCGAACUACCAGUUGUUACUAAAACAAAUGGUAUUCAGCUUAGAAGUCUUAUCGAUAAGGCUUCAUCAAAUAUGGAUCUCUCUUGUCGCUCGGUACUGACAUGCAAAUAUCACAAGCUAUGCUAAUCUAUUUAGUUUUGCAGAAGUCCGAUGAACAAACCAGCAAGAAAUUGAAAGAAUCACUAGAUUUCAAAUCAUUUCCAACAUGGGAAGACUGCACUAGGAUAUUGGAGAGACACUGCCAGUAUUAGGAGUCUAUUGACAGCGCUCACACCAGCAACCCUGUUACCAACAAAUCGCCAUCAAGCAAGUCAAAGGGCCAGCAACGAGGAUACGCUUUUUCUUGCUCCAACACACCAUGUCCAAUUUGUUCCAAUUCACGCCAUAAACCUUUGAAGUGCAAGCGCUUCAAGGCACUUAGCAUCGCUCAGCGCUUUGAUAAUGCAAAGAAGUUUGGUCUGUGUAUCAAUUGCCUUUCAAAGGGGCAUCAAGUAACGCAUUGCCAAUCAUCGCAUCGGUGCAAGGUUUGUCAAAGGCAACACCACACUCUACUUCAUCGUGGAUCAGCACCAAACCAACAAGCCACAAGUCCUUCAUCUUCAACAACGGAGGCUACUGUACAUACACAUAUGAAAAACUCGUCCAGUGACAGCAUCAUUCUUGCAACUGCAAAGGUUUGGGUUCGUGACUCAUCUGGCAACUACAAAUUGGGUAAGGCACUGUUGGUCUCCUGUUCCCAGGUUAACUUCAUCAGGAAUGAAUUUUCGCAAAAAUUAAGGUUGUCAAGAAGUAAGCAGAAUAUUGAAAUCCAAUGCAUUGGUAAGUCGUCGACCAAUAUCAAGUAUAAAACAACAACUAAUACCAAAUCGGUAGUCACUGGUUUCAAGCUCCCAUUGACCUUCUGCAUCACAACCCACAUUGCCUAUCAACCGGAUCCAGAAAUCGACAUUUCUUCAUGGAACAUCCCAGCUAAUGAAUCUCUGGAUGCAUGGUUGGAGAAAUUGUGGAAAUUGGAGGAAGUUGCUACUGCCGCGGAUCCUUGGACUCGUGAACAGCACAGUUGCGAACGAUUAUAUCUCAAUACAGUCUCCAGAAACUCCUGUGGCAGAAUAGUUGUAAGAUUGCCCUUGAAGGAUGAUCCUAGUUGUUUGGGCGACUCAUACGUAACGGCUUUGAGACGGUUUCAUGCACAAGGACGUCGUUUCGAGAAGUUACCUCUUCUAAAGGCGCACUACAUCGAAUUCAUGGAUGAAUACAAAGGUUUGCGAAACAUGAGCGUUGUGGAAAACCCAAAGGUAAAUGAACCACAUUAUUAUAUUCCUCAACACUGUGUUCUUAAGCCAACAAGUACAACAACCAAGCUGAGGGUCGUAUUCGAUGCAUCCUGUCGAACGACAACCCAAAAAUCGCUUAACGAUUUACAGAUAGUAGGACCUACUUUGCAAGCUGAACUAUUCAUUCUGCUUUUGCGCUUUCGGCUUUAUCGGUAUGCGCUCACCGCCGACAUCAUCAAAAUGUAUCGGCAAGUUGUAAUGCACGAAGACGACCGGAAAUACCAAUAUAUUUUAUGGAGGAGUUCACCCACUGAGGAGGUUUCGACAUAUCAACUCAAUACGGUAACUUAUGGAAUGGCAUCCGCUCCAUACUUAGCUAUACGGAGCAAAUAAGGCAAGAGGUAACUCAAUUACUAGAUUUAGGUGGAUUUAAAUUAGCUAAAUAGCACUCUAAUCAACAACGGUUCAGAGAAGACAGUUUAGCUAAGGAUCUUAAUUUGGAUACGUCUAUCACAAGCACACUUGGAAUGAAAUGGGACCAAAACAUCGAUUGUUUCCUUUUUUCUUUUCAACCACCUUUGCGAUCAACUAAUUGCAUCACCAAACGGUCGAUUCUUUCCACGGCAUCAUCGCUAUUCGAUCCUCUUGGUCUCCCGGCUCCAGUAAUCAUAAAAUCAAAAAUCCUUUUGCAGGAAUUACGGCUCCUGAAGUUAAACUGGGAUGAGACGGUUCCCCAAACCAUCGAAUAUGCGUGGAAGAGCUUUCUCAGCGAAAUAUCGGACCUUUCGUUAAUCAAGGUGCAUAGGUAUUGCCUUUCGGUAGGUGCUCAGUUAUUCCAAUUGCAUGGCAUUGUCAGCAAAGAUGGAGCAACAUUCGUUCGCUUGCUCACAGCAAAAUCAAGAGUUGCACCGUUGAAAAAACAAUCACUGCCGAAAUUGGAGCUUUGUGGCGCUGUUCUUCUCGCUCGUUUACUUGCUAAUAUUAUACCAAUUUUUUUCUGAUAAAUCUUUUAAUGUUUUUCUUUGGACAGACUCGCAGAUACAUUGGCUAAAAGUGCAUUCAGCUACAUUAUCAACCUUUGUCGGCAACAGGAUGUCGGAAAUCCAAUGGAGGCACGUUCCCACACAAGACAACCCAGCGGCCAUAAUAUCUAGAGGAUGCACCGUGAAUGAGCUGUCCAAAUCAAUGUGGUAUGAUGACCCCAAGUUUUUAUACAAGGAGAUGGAAAACUUGCCGAGGAAUAAGUGCGAUAGCCUAGACCUGGAAGUCAUUGAAAGUGAAAAACGGAAAUCAGCAUUUAAACCGGUUCAAGAAAUUAAGACACACUGCUACCUCGAACAACACGGAGCCACUUUCACCACAGGAGCUGCAUCACGGCUUACUAUGCAUACUUUGGAAUAUUCAGCAACAACAUUUUUCUAAUGAAAUUCAUCUUUUGCAGAAAGAUCGACAUCUUCAUCGGAAAAACUACCACGCUGGACCUAAGGCACUCGUAGCAUUGAUAAGACUGCAAUUUUGGAUAAUAAACGCACGCGACGUGGCAAGGCGGAUCGUGAGGUCAUGCAUACACUGCGUACAAUACAAACCAAAACUUUAACAACAAGUCAUGGGACAUUUACCAGUCGGGCGGCUUACUCCAUCACGCCCCUUCGUGCGCUGUGGCAUCGACUUCUGUGGACCAGUCAACGUUUACUUACGGAAUCGUGGCAAGACACCUUACAAGGCGUAUAUCGCGAUCUUCGUAUGCCUUGCAUCAAAGACAGUGCAUAUCGAAACCGUAACCGGCUUAUCCACAGACGCAUUUUUGGCAUCACUAAAGAUUGAUUGAUUGGGAGAAGAGGUCUACAGAGGACUACAAACUUUGUCGGAGCUUGUAGCAAACUUGCAGAGCUCCUCAUUUUGGCGGUAUAUGGGAGGCGGCAGUCAAGUCAACGAAGGGUCAUCUCAACUGCAGCAAUGACAGAGCUAGACUGACAUUUGAAGAGUUAUCGACAGUUCUGGUAGAAAAGAGGCGGUAUUGAAUUCCCGGCCGAUAUCACCAUUAUCAGCAGACCCAAGCGACUACGAGGCACUAACACCUGCACAUUUCAUCAUUGGCAGCUCCCUACUAGCUCUUCCGGAGAAAACCAUAUCGACUAAUAUAGACAACUCGCAGCGAUGGACCCAAGUGACAGGAAUUAAGCAAGCAUUUUGGAAAAGACGGUCUCACGAAUAUUUUAAUGAGCUUCAAGCACGCUCAAAUUGGUUUUGGGAUCGUCCCAACAUCAACGAAAACACAAUGGUCAUCAUCCACGAAGACAACGUACCACCACAGAAAUGGCAUCUUGGGAGAGUAAUCAAUUGUAUACCAGGAAAGGUCUCUCGAAUCCGUGUGGUUGACAUUCGAAAACCAAGAGGAAUUCGGCGCCCAGUUCAUAAAUUGGCAGUGCUACCUGUUUGAAAGGCCUUUCAACCGGUCCGGGAUAUUGGGUCAUGGUUGGGAACACCUGCAUCAGCUGUAUUGAUAUUUGCCUUCUAUUUACUUACUUCUUAGCUAAUUACCUAAACUAAUUAUCAAGUUUAGCUACGCAAAGUCAUUCACCUUAUUAUUGCAUUAAGUCAUACCGCUAAAUGUUCUUACAUACGUAAAUUAUUUGCAUCCAUUUUUUUAACCACUCUUCCAGUGUUGCCACAGUCAAAUAUUUUUUCCUACCAAAAUUUCGUACC